AUGGCUAAAACAAAACAGAAACCUGAGCUUCUGAAAAAGUGGCUCACAGAUAAAGAAAGCGUGUUUAAGAUCAUUUGUGAUCAAGGUUCUCAUAUUUUACAACACGAAAUAAGCAAAAAACAUAGAAAGCUGUUGGAGGAAAAAUCCAGUACGCAGCUUCAAAUUAAAGAAUGUGAGCGGCAAUCUGAAAAAAAUGAAUUCACAAUUGAAGAUAUUCGGCAUGAUAUUGAAGAUAGUGACAUUUCAAUAUGUGUUGAUGAAACAACUGAUGUUAAGGGAAGGUACAUUGCAAACUUAAUUGUCAGUAAGUUGUCAGAUGAAGGUCCUAGUGUUCCAUAUCUUCUCACCUGCAGAGUACUUGAAAAAACUAACCAUGCAAAAGUUGCAUGUUUUAUUAAUGACUCCCUUGGUAAAUUGUAA